AGGUGUCAUAUGUUGUUGACCACGCCAAAAAAGUGGUCCAGCAGAAUACUGAUGCUCUGAGGUUUUUCAGAAGGUUUCUGGAAAACCUUAAGCCAAUGCUCAGCUCACAUUCACCUUUUCCGUCUUCGAUUAUGUUUUAUGAGCUGUCCUGAGAGUUUGCUGAAAAAAACCGGCGAAAUUUUCAACAUUAACUUUUGUUUUACAUUAUGAUCCAUUUAUUUUUUUUCAUAAUGUAUCGCUUUCACAAAAUGUUUUCUUACUUUCCUUCGUGUGACACGACACGAAUCGUGUCGUUUGAAUUCGUUCGAUUAAGCGACUUGGAAUACGGAAACAACUCGUUAAAUACUUCUGAUGCAAUUUAUUUCAUUCUCGUGAAUUUCCCCAAUAUUCGAUGGUGAAUUAUUCAGAGUUGACCUGCACAUCUUUUUAAAUACCUUCACUUGAGGUCAGGGAAUGCUCCUUUUCGGCACUGAAAUAACCCUAGGCGACCGAACUUACGGCAAUUCUAUAAGGAUCUUAUAGAAAUCUUAUAGGAAUUUUAUAUAAAGCAGUCGAUGGAAAUGCGUAAGAUAUUGAUAAGAUUCUUAUACGAAGGGAUAUAAGAAUCUUAUAAGAUUCCGAUAAGAAUUCGGCAAGACAGGUUGUACAAUUGGUUUAAAAGAAUUCAUAAAAUAAGUUAACAUACGAACUUUUAUUUACCUCAAUUAAAGCGUCUGCCUGUAAGUGAACUGAGUGAGUAACCCUGCAUCGGUCGGAAGCCUACGAAGAACAGAAAAUCGCCUUAGACCGUAUGAAAUCCUACCUAAUCUUAUCAUAGGAACGCAUGUGAUUUCUAUUAGGGUAAUGUGGUACUUCUUAUAGGAUUCUAUCAUCUGAAUCCUAUAUUAGCUUACACUGGGAAAUCUGUCACAUGCUGUGAACUUCUAUAUAGAAUUAUCUAGGAAUUUAUCUUGUAUUUUACUAGUAACAACUCGUUAAAUGUGUUUUUCAACAAUACAUGCUCUAUUCCGAUCAAUCAAGAAACAAGUUUCUUGGGCCACUGACUACCCUGUAAAAAAAACGUAUAGUGCAAAACAGAAAGGGGUUUUUGCAUUUGCAACUAUACCAAACGCAUUUCCGUUUUACAUUUAGAGUGCAAAAACCCCUUCCGCUUUUGAAAACACUGCUUUAACAGUAAAUGCAAAAACGGAUAAGGGUUUUUUGUACGUAUAUUGUAGGUUUUGUAGUUAAUUUCAAAAAUCUCCUAUAGUAUUUCAAAAUACGCCUAACCGUAUUUGAAGGAGUUUCUGCGCUCUGCAAAACCGAAAUACAUUUCGUAUAGGGGUAACAAAAAACCCUCCGAAAUACUGAUUUCUAGUAUUUCGAACUACGCUUCAGAAUUUCAUGCAUAUCAUUCAAGGAAAAGCUUCAACUUUCUUUGCUAAACAGAAAAUCGAUUCGAAAAUCGAACAGAAAUUUCAAUCAUCACUUCAAACUGAAAUUAUAGACUACGUUGAUAUAGACUACGUUACAUUCACACGUUAUGUUCCAUCUUAUAUUCAAAAACCGAUCAUGAUAAUUGGGGGACAUGUUUAUGUAUAACUUGUCUAAAUCCUCAACUCAAAUAUGAAAAACUUCAUCAAGUGAAGCACAAAUAUUCUUGUAUAAAAUCUAUAAUAGAUUCCACACCUAUUGAUUUAUAUGAUCUAGCAAAAGAUGAAAAAAAAAUAAAUGAAUUUAAAGAUAAUUUAGCUAAAUUAAAUCAAGAAGAUUUUUUGUUACCUUUUGUGAAUGGCAAAAGAAAAGAAAGAUAACUGUAUAGCUCUGAUUUCUACAAAAGUUACAAUGACUAUAUCGAUGAAAGAGUUUGUAAAGAAGUUUGUAUCGGAAAUUGAUGUAAGUCAUCCUUUUUUCACUUGCUGCUAAAGCAGCUAAAGAACAAACGAAAGAAGAUGAUCAAGUAGCAACAAUCCAAUUAGACUGGUCCGAAAAUUAUAACUUGAAACAAGCAUGGGAAGAAAAAGGAGCGUAUUAUUAUGAACGCCAUGUUGCUAUUCAAUCAGGUUUUAUAUGGUUGAAGAAUAAUUCGUUUAGUUUUGCUAGUAUUAGCGAUGAUACGUGCCAUAUGGCUGAAGCAGCGUGGACUGCUAUCCAAGAUUUGCUGAACGAAUUAAUUGAUGAAAAUAAUAUCAACACAAUCAAUUUUAUAUCCGAUUCUCCAGUUUCUCAAUAUCGAAACAAGACGACGAUAUUUAUGAUGAAAAGAUUUGCAAUUGAUUAUAAUAUUGAUAUUAAAUGGAUUUUCCUAGAAUCGGGACACGGUAAAGGUGUUGCUGAUGCCGUAUGA